AUGGGCUGGACUAUCGAGCGCGACAACAAAGAGGGACAGGUCUUCAUCGCUCUGAUGAUCCUGCUGCUUAUCAUCGAUUUUGUCUUGGUGCUCGCGCGCCAAUACGCGCGGACGACGCAGUCUUACCACUCUCUGCUGAGUGAUUACGUCCUCUGGUUCGCAAUGGCCAUGACAAUAGGCCUCGUCGUCACCAUGUACGACACUUAUACCCACGGCUUCGGGAUGACCACGGCGCAUUACACAAUGGGCGAUCUAGAAGAGUCCUGGCGGACCAAGCUAUUUGCCCCGACAAUCAUCCUGUGGAACGCCGCCACGACGGCUGUGCGCGUCUCCAUGGUCAUCUUCUACCGCCAGAUCUUUGCCCCGUCAAGCGACUCUGCCACAUCGCGCUGGUCAUGA